CCUUCUCUGGGGCGGUCGCGCAGGCAGUGGCUGCGGGUUGCCCGAGUCCAGGUAUCAUGUACUAUAAGUUCAGUGGCUUCACGCAGAAACUGGUUGGAACAUGGGCUUCGGACGCCUAUAUCCCGCAGGGGUUAAAACCUGUGGCUUCCACAGAAGCACCACCUAUCAUAUUUGCCACACCGACUAAACUGACCUCCAGUUCCAGUAUGUAUAAUUAUGCUGGGAAGAACAGAGUUCCAGAGCUGCAGAAGUUUUUUCAGCUCUGGGGCCAGCGUGGAGGACAGCCUGGAGAGGGAAGAGACUGGAGACUGCCGAGUAGUGAAGAGUUGUGAGGGAUGUGAGGGCAGUGGGCAAAGGAGGAGCUCUCCCGGGCACAUGAAGAAGGCCCAACGAACACCAGCUGACAAUUAGACAUCUGAGGCAAGGGGGCAAGAGGAUGCUGCAGGGUGACUCAGCCUGACUUCAGGUGAGUGCAGGUGCAGUAAACAGGCAAGGCAUGUUUUGUUUGAGAAAAGGGGUUGCGGUGAGUCCUCUAGGCAAAAAUCCAGUGGGCAGCAGGCAGAGAGAAGGCAGGGGUCUGGACUGGAGAUCCACACUUGGAAAUGAGCACACAGGUGAUGUCUGCUGCAUCGUUCAAAGGGCAGGUGGGUCCUGUAGAAUCAGGGAGAUGCCAGCACUUUAGGCGUGGGUGGGAGUGGAAGAGCAGAAGGAAGGUUGACACGAUGUUCGUGAAAGAACAGACUGAUUGCAAAUUCACGUGAAGUCAAAACCAGGCAACAGUCAUCUAUGGUAGAGGUCACCCUGUACCACAGCACUGCCAAGAGGACCAUGAGGCCCACUUCUGAGUCUGACUGGUGGUCACCUGGGUGUAUGCAUUGGAUAUAAACAAAACACUGAGACUCGUGAACUUUAUUAUGUUACACUAUGAAAAAACAAGAAAGGAGCGAAGGAGGCAGACAGGGAAGAAGGGAAAAGAGCCCAGAGGAGAAGGUUUUGUUUUGGGGGCUGUACUAGGAUUUGAACUCAAGGACUUCUGCUUGCUAGGCAGGUGCACUAUCAUUUGAGCCAUGACCCCAGCCCAAGGAUAGGGUUUUCAAGAAAGAGGAUUGUGUUUAGUAUCACACACACUGGCAAAACCUGCCAGUCAAGCAGGUUCUGAUAAGAGGCAUGAGAUGGCCCGGGGGCUUGGAGGCCACUGUGUCAUCUGUCCUCCCAUGUAUGAGAGCACAGUGCAUACACAUACAAGCACCAGUGUGUGUCCCUUGUGCUGUGGAAUGGGACCAUGAUGCUGAGUGAGAACGCGGGGUUGUGGAGACACAUUGCUGAGAUCGGCAGUACAAGGGCAAGUCUGAGAAUUCCUGUGCUCUCUGAAGCUCCAGCACCACUACUGGUGCUAUCUGUGGUUUCCUGAGUGCCCGUUCAGGCACAUCCCAGUCUUUAAAUCUGAUAAUGUUUAAUAAAAGAUGUAA